AUGGUAGCUUUGGCUAAUGGUGUUGUGGACAAGAAAAAGUUCGGGCGAGUGCGGGCGGAAGAGUUUAAGACCCAGGAGGGAGCAAGGCGGGAGGGCAACUGGACGGGGCACGGUCCUUUGGGAGGACCUGGACUACGACGUGAGGCUGAUCCUGCCAUACUCACCUUUUCCGUGGGCGACUGGCUCAACACGGAGCUGGAGAUUUCGGAGCAAAGGAGUGAAAGCUGA